AUGGCGUACAAGAGGUCUUCUGUUCUCGUCGGCUUGCCCGAUCAGGACCGUGGCUGGGAAGAAGUCCAGGCAAAGACAUUCACAAAAUGGCUCAAUACCAAGCUCGAGUCGAGGCAGAUCCCGCCAAUGCGCUCUUUGGCGACAGAUCUCUCGGAUGGCGUCAAGCUCGUCCAGUUGAUGGAAAUCAUGGGCGAUACCUCUCUCGGUCGCUUCUACAUGAACCCACGCAUGCGUGUGCAGAAGGCCGAGAACGUCAAUCUCGCACUCGAGUUCAUCAAGAGCAGAGGCGUUGUGCUGACCAACGUUGGAGCAGAAGACAUCGUCGAUGGCAAUCUCAAACUCAUCCUCGGUAUGAUCUGGACUUUGAUUCUCCGCUUCACCAUCGCCGAUAUCAGCGAAGAAGGUGUCACUGCCAAAGAAGGUCUACUCCUUUGGUGCCAAAGGAAGACAGCGCCGUAUCAAGAAGUCGACGUCACCAACUUUACCACAUCGUUCAAGGAUGGUCUUGCGCUCUGUGCCCUUAUCCAUCGACAUCGACCUGAUCUCCUCAACUACGACGCAUUGCCCAAAUCCGACCCCCAUGCUUGCACAAGAACAGCUUUUCAGAUAGCCGAAGAGCACCUCGGUAUCCCUCAGCUCCUCGACGUCGAAGAUCUUUGCGAUCGUUCCAAACCAGAUGAACGCAGUGUCAUGACCUACGUCGCCCAGUACUUCCACGCCUUCAGCUCCAUGGAGCAAGCCGAGGUCGUCAGUCGCCGUGUUGCUACUUUCGCCGACGUCAUGCAAGGCGCGUGGGUCAUGCAGCAAGACUACGAGAGAAGAGCUCGUCAGCUCGUCGAUGCAAUGAAGCACCUCCAGAACGGCUGGACUGCAGCGACUUUUGCAGGGACAUAUGCCGAUGCCCGAGCACAGUUGACCCAGUUCAACGAAUACAAGAUUGGCGUCAAACGUGAACUCGUACGCGAACGCACCGACCUCGCAGCUCUGCUGGGCAACAUCCAGACCAAGCUCAAGACCUACCACCUUCCUGAGUGGCUCCCUCAGCCGGGUCUCAGGCAAGCUGACCUGGAUGCCGCUUGGUCCACACUUGCGCUGGCCGAAGCAAGUCGCAGCCGAUCUAUCAAUGCAGAGAUUCGCAAUGCCAAGGAAAAUUUGCGAAUCAAGUUUGCCGAGGCUGCCAAUGAAUUCGAACGGCAGCUGCGAGAAGUCGCAGGCGGUAUCGGUACGCUUGAAGGCGAUCUGGAAGUACAGCUUGAUAUGGUCAAGCAUCUGCUCGCGCAGUUGGACCCGAUCAAGGAACGUCUAACAUCCAUCACUGCACUCGAACAAGAAUGCGCGGACGCCAAGGUGGAAGAGAACGAUCACACCAUCUUUACGGUGAGCGAUUUGGCUUUCGAAUGGGAGCUUGUGCGUGCCAGCGUCUCUAAGAAGCUCGCUUUCAUCGAGAACCAAAUCGUUUCCAGGCAGCACACCAACCUCACACCAGCACAGCUCGAAGAGUUCGAGUCCACCUUCCGUUACUUUGACAAGGACGCAUCCAACACGCUCACAGUGCCCGAGCUUGGAGCUGCUCUUGCCAGUCUGGGUAUCAUCUACACCGAAGACGACAUCGAGCAGAUCCAUCUACAACUAUGCGAGACUUUUGGCGCCGUCUCCUACGACGCCUUUCUCACGUUCUUGCGAGAGAUUACCGAAGACACCACCUCACCGGAUCAGCUUUUGGAAGCGUUCCAGGGCCUCGCUGGCGACAAGCCCUACGUUACCGAACUCGAUCUGCGUCUAGCACUCUUGCCGCAGGGUUCAAUCGACUAUCUGAAAGCAGCCAUGCCUCAGGUGCGCGUCGAGGGUGUACAAGAUGCUGUCUACGACUACGAGGGCUACUUGACUGGUCUCUUUGGCGUUGCACAGGCAUGA